UCAUCCGAACAUAAUUAACCCCAAUCAUUUCUUUUUUUUCCCUCCUUGUCCCUCCAAAUCAUCCCAUCCAAAACCCUAGAGGAAGAACCUUCUAACUAAACCUACGUAAUUUGACCUAGCUAGGGUUUCAAACUUCGACUUGCUUGUGAAACCUUGUUUUCGCGCUUCUCUGCAAUCCCCACGUAUUGCUUCUCUGCUUGGUUGCCGAGGAUUUAUCGAAAAAAGGAAAAGUUAAAAGCAUUCAUGUGUUCAAUGAAGAGGAAGUCGGUAGAAGACCCAUCUGAAGAAUCUAUACCUCCACCAAAACAGCAGAGAGAGAACGGUAGAGUAAGCAUGGAUGAGCCUGUAGCAUGUGUGCACGAUGUAUCAUAUCCUGAGGGUUACAUUCCUCGUUCUUCGGCUCCCUCGAAUGAUUCAAAGCCAGCAAAGGAAUUUCCUUUCACUCUCGACUCCUUUCAGUGUGAAGCAAUCAAAUGUCUCGACACUGGUGAAUCGGUUAUGGUAUCAGCUCAUACAUCAGCAGGGAAAACUGUUGUUGCAUUAUAUGCCAUUGCUAUGUCAUUGCGGAAUAAGCAAAGGGUGAUAUACACUUCACCUAUCAAGGCACUGAGCAACCAAAAAUAUAGGGAGUUCAAAGAAGAGUUCUCGGAUGUGGGUUUGAUGACUGGAGAUGUCACCAUUGAGCCCAAUGCUUCUUGCUUGGUCAUGACUACAGAAAUCUGGCGAAGUAUGCAGUACAAAGGAUCAGAAAUUAUGCAGGAGGUAGCUUGGAUUAUUUUUGAUGAGGUACAUUACAUGCGUGAUAGGGAAAGGGGUGUGGUAUGGGAAGAGAGCAUUGUUAUGGCUCCAAAGAAGUCCCGAUUUGUAUUCCUUUCAGCAACGGUGCCUAAUGCAAAGGAGUUUGCAGAUUGGGUUGCAAAGGUCCAUCGGCAACCAUGCCAUAUCGUUUAUACUGACUAUCGUCCAACACCACUUCAACACUAUAUGUUUCCUUCUGGUGGUGAUGGUCUGUACUUGGUGGUAGAUGAAAAGGGAAAAUUCCGUGAGGAUAGCUUUCAGAAAGCUUUAAAUGCUCUUGUUCCAGCUAGCGAAAGUGACAGGAAAAAGGAGAACGGGAAAUGGCACAAGGGUUUGGUGGUCGGUAAAGCUGGUGAAGAGAGUGACAUUUUCAAGAUGGUGAAAAUGAUCAUUCAGCGUCAAUAUGAUCCUGUAAUACUUUUCAGCUUUAGCAAAAGAGAAUGUGAAUUUCUGGCAAUGCAGAUGGCAAAAUUGGAUUUAAAUGACGACGAUGAGAAAGUGAACACAGAAACUAUCUUUUGGAGUGCCAUGGACAUCUUAUCAGAUGAUGAUAAGAAGCUACCACAGGUUUCUAAUAUGCUACCCCUCCUGAAACGUGGAAUAGGUGUGCAUCAUUCCGGUUUGCUUCCCAUACUGAAGGAAGUGAUUGAGAUACUUUUUCAAGAAGGGCUCAUCAAGUGUUUGUUUGCCACAGAGACAUUUAGCAUUGGUUUGAACAUGCCUGCAAAAACUGUUGUGUUUACAAAUGUUCGCAAAUUUGAUGGAGAUAAAUUUAGAUGGAUAUCUAGUGGGGAGUAUAUACAGAUGAGUGGUCGUGCUGGACGUCGAGGAAUUGACGAACGUGGGAUAUGCAUCCUCAUGGUGGAUGAGAAGCUGGAACCUUCAACUGCUAAAAUGAUGCUUAAAGGAAGUGCUGAUUGUCUCAAUAGUGCCUUCCAUUUAAGCUACAACAUGCUUUUGAAUCAAAUGCGAUGCGAAGAUGGUGAUCCUGAAAAUUUGCUUCGUAACUCAUUCUUUCAAUUUCAGGCUGAUCGAGCCAUUCCUGAUCUUGAGAAACAAGCAAGGGAACUUGCAGAGGAGAGGGAUUCAAUUGUAAUUGAAGAAGAAGAUAGUUUGGAAGAUUAUUACUCUCUGUUGCAGCAGUACAGAAGUUUGAAGAAGGAUGCCCGUGAUAUUGUUUUUUCUCCAAGGUACUGCUUGCCCUUCUUGCAGCCUGGCCGGCUUGUAUCUAUACAGUGCUCAAAGAAUGAUGAAAAUUCCCCAUCUUUCUCCAUUGAGGACCAGGACACAUGGGGAGUGAUAAUCAACUUUGAAAGGGUGAAAAGCCUUUCUGAAGAUGAUGUGAAUAAAAAAACAGAAGAUGCAAACUACACAGUGGACGUCCUUACAAGAUGUGCAGUUCGCAGGGAUGAAGUUGCAAAAAAAACAAUUAAGAUUGUUUCAUUGAAGCAGUCUGGAGAACCUGUUGUUGUUUCUGUUCCUAUCUCUCAGAUCAAUAGUUUAAGUAGCAUCCGUUUGAUCAUACCAAAGGAUCUCUUGCCAUUGGAGGCUCGAGAAAAUACCCUGAAGAAGGUGUCAGAAGUUCUCUCAAGAUUUGCUAAAGAAGGGAUGCCACUCUUGGAUCCUGAAGAAGACAUGAAGGUUCAAAGUAGCUCAUACAGAAAGGCAGUCCGCAGGAUAGAGGCUUUAGAGAACCUGUUUGAAAAGCAUGAAGUUGCAAAGUCGCUGCUUAUUGAGGAAAAGCUCAAAGUCUUACACAUGAAGAAAGAACUUACAGCCAAGAUCAAAUUAAUUAAGAGAACAAUGCGUUCUUCCACAGCACUGGCUUUUAAAGAUGAACUUAAGGCGAGGAAACGAGUUCUCAGGAGGCUAGGGUAUGUUACAAGUGACGACGUUGUGGAGUUGAAGGGUAAGGUCGCUUGCGAGAUCAGUAGUGCAGAUGAGUUGACUUUGACUGAACUUAUGUUUAAUGGGGUUUUGAAGGACAUAAAGGUAGAAGAGAUGUUAUCUCUUCUCUCUUGUUUUGUGUGGCAAGAGAAGCUUCAGGAUGCUCAAAAACCCAGGGAUGAACUUUAUUUGCUCUUUACACAAUUACAAGAUACAGCUCGCAGGGUCGCCAAAGUUCAGCUUGAGUGCAAGAUCCAAAUUGAUGUGGAGAAUUUUGUGAGUUCUUUCCGGCCUGAUAUCAUGGAAGCUGUGUACGCUUGGGCGAAAGGGUCCAAAUUUUAUGAGAUUAUGGAAAUCACACCGGUUUUUGAGGGCAGCUUGAUCAGAGCGAUCAGGAGACUGGAGGAAGUUCUCCAACAGCUAAUACAAGCAGCAAAAUCAAUUGGAGAGACAGAACUUGAAUCAAAAUUUGAAGAUGCUGUCUCCAAGAUCAAGAGGGAUAUUGUCUUUGCAGCAUCUCUCUACUUGUAGUUCCUUGCAGAAAUAUUUAAAUUAUUUCGCGACACUGGCAAUUGGCACAAAACAGAGGGGAGAGAAAAUUCUUCCCUAGAAAACAAUUGGAACCAAACCACAAGAAGUGUAAGAAUAGUUACUGGUUAUAGAAGAGACGAAGGAGAUGGGUUUAGUCAAGUUUUCUGGUGCAUAUCAAGCUCCCGUAAAAUUUGCUCCUUAAAAGUAUCUCUCGAUAUUUAUUUUGUGCUACAAAAAAGAUGACGAAGCGUUUCCCUAUUUUAAACAAGGAUCCCCUUUCUGAGUAGGGAUGGAAGAUGAUCCUCAAUAUUCAAUUUGGAGUCCACGGCAACAAAACAAGGAUCCCCUUUCUGAGUAGGGAUGGAAGAUGAUCCUCGAUAUUCAAUUUGGAGUCCAUGGCAACAAAAUCCAGAAUGGAUGUUUUGCUCCCAUUCACCAUUGACCCUUCACUUGUAGCAUAUUUCUUAUAUAAUGUGUGGUGACAAAUCUAUUUAUCAGCAUUAGUUUCUCAAAAUCUUUGUUAUUUGUGUAACCCUAACAGGAAUUCGAGAUUGUGCUUCUCUGGUUUUCUUAUACAACAAAAGUACCUUAAGGUUUUGUUCCUGAAAUGUUCCUAAUUUUCUCUGUAUUUGUAAUUCUUGUAUGCAUAAGUUCCAAAUUUUUGGUGUUUACAGGUCGCCACUAAAUCCCUGCCUGGUGUAAAUAUUUUUCUCACUUGUUUGGUGAGGAUCUUUAUUGGUUAUUUCUUCUUUUUAUAUAUGAAUUUUUGCAACUGCUGUA